ACAGCCGAAAUUAUCGCCAUCCUAAUAGCUACUGAGAUUAUUAUCCAAGAAGCCCACUCCAAAUUCAUCAUCCUCAGCGAUUCACUAUAAGUUCGAUAAAAAGCAUACAAAACCAAUUCAACCCCUGCGACAUUGCAACUAAAAUCCAGAACAAUCUCAACAAAGCUUUCAUUUUGGGUAAAGAAAUCACCAUCAUGUGGAUACCUGGCCACUCGGGAAUAAGAGGCAAUGAAUUAGCCGAUGAACAAGCCUCUAUAGCCAUUAACAACAACGAAACUUUACUAAUAAACCAAAUGUCAUAUGCUGACUCAAAAAAAUUCAUAAACGAAUAUACUAUAAAUAAAUGGCAAAGACUCUGGAACUUACAAAACAUUAAAUUAAACGAAAUUGAAAUAGACAUCCGCCGGUGGACGAACCCAAAACUCACCCGGAAAGACGAGACAGUUCUUAACCGACUUCGCAUUGGACACACCAGAAUCACCCAUGGUUUCCUUAUUGCAAAAGAGUACCCCCCCCCCUCUAUUUGUCAAACCUGUGGUAUUGCAUUAACAAUAAAACACAUAAUAGCCGACUGCAUAAUCCACAACCAAGAACGAGCUGAACAUAAGAUAUCAUACAACCUCGACUCAACACUCGGACCUAUUCAUGAA